AUCACCAAUGGUCAAGUGAUUUUACUUCAGGGGAUAUGGAUGGACAACCUGGUCAUGAGAACCCCUUGAUGUCACUGAAUUCUGGUGGGAGUGUCAAUGAGUUCCCGUAUGACUAUGUAGAUGAUACAAACCCAGUCUUACUUACGCCAACGGGAAGAAACAGGAACCAGCCUAGUCUCCAAUCGUUAUCUCAGUGGAUUGAUUGUCCCAAAACACCUCAUAGUUAUGUUGAAUUUCUGACAGAAAAUCUUGAAAAGGUUCCUACUGCUGAUGUCUUAGAGAGCAUUGGUUCUCCUAUUGGUGGCAUACAUACUGUUGAUGGGGCCUCCGAAAUUCAAAGAGAGUUGCUGCAUAGCAAUGAAGGAAAGGCUUUCAGCUCUGGUCCAGAUGGCUACUCCCUGGAGUCCGAGCAGUGGAAUCUAAAGCUAUCUGCUUACCCCACUGAAAUCAACAAUCAUGAAGCUUCAGCAAGCGAAAGAUUUUUGAGGCAACAUGAUAGAAUACCUAUGAGCAGAAUUUCAAGCUCGGAAUAUGAGUUCCAUGCACAGCUUUGUGUCUUUCAGCAAAAUCAUGCUUCCUGGAUGCAAAAACCAAAAGCAGAGGAUGGUAAUGUUUCUCACCUUCAAUCGAAAGAAACCAUUUCUGCUCCCAGUUUCCAGUCCCAACCACUGUACCAUGCACCCAAAUCAAGAGCUGCUGCAAUUGAUCGUCAACGCAGGCUACGAAUAGAUGAAAGUAUCAAGGCAUUGCAGGAACUGCUUCCAAGUUCUUCUGAGCGUGGCCUAGGAAAUGCACUGGAUGAUAUUAUUGACUAUGUCAAGUUUCUGCAGUUGCAAGUCAAGGAAUUAAGUCGAAGCAGAUUGGGGGGUGAACCAACUUCUAAUCCUUUUGUUUUUUUUGAGGGAUAUGGUCACUAUGUUCUCCAUGAACAGAUGAUAAAUGAACCUCUUGAGGAGAUGAUGGCGAAGUUGCUAGAGAUAAAUCCAUCAGCAGCAACUCAGCUGUUAGAGAGCAGAGGCCUUUACAUGAUGCCAAGGGCACUGGUUGAUGACUUUUGCACCGAGUCACAUAGAUAGUCCAACGCCACACCUAACUGUUUUAUCUGCUCGGCUUAAAGAGUAACUUUUAACUACAUCAACUUAAAUACUAUUGAUCCAAAUUUUCGUUUCUUUUGUGGACAAUAGAACCUAAGUAGUACUAGUAGUUUCAAAACAUAGUCUUGCAGAACAGUGGCUAGUGUUUCAAGCUUUAGUUGAAUGCACUUUUGAAAUCUCUUAGCUGUGA